AUGGCGCAAGCAGGUCCGAUCACGGACGUCACCCAGAGGCUCUUCAUCGAGCUGAAGUCUAAGAACGAGGAAACGCGGGUCCGAGCUGCUUACGAGCUUUACGAAAAUGUUCUUGCCAUCUCAAGAGACUGGCCUCCCGAGAAGUUCAUUGAAUUCUAUAACGCCGUUAGUCAACGCAUCGCCCAGCUUGUUGUCACCGGCAGUGAUGCACACGAAAGGAUCGGCGGUCUCCUAGCUCUUGACCGACUAAUAGAUUUCGAUGGCGUGGACAAUGCGCAGAAGACAACGAGGUUCGCCAGCUAUUUGCGGAGCGCCCUGCGCAGCAGCGAUAAUGCCGUACUUGUCUACGCCGCUCGGGCACUUGGUCGCCUGGCGAAGCCCGGUGGUGCCCUUACUGCAGAAUUGGUUGAGAGUGAAAUACAGUCGGCACUGGAAUGGCUUCAGUCUGAACGACAAGAAGGUCGACGGUUUGCUGCGGUGCUGGUUAUUCGGGAGCUCGCUAAAGGGUCGCCCACGCUUCUUUACGGGUUCGUUCCUCAGAUCUUCGAACUCAUCUGGGUUGCUCUGAGAGACCCCAAGGUACUUAUCCGAGAGACUGCUGCAGAAGCAGUAAGUGAAUGCUUCGAAAUCAUUGCUGCGAGAGAUAUACAGGUUCGGCAGCUAUGGUUUGCGAGAAUAUACGAGGAAGCGCUCCAGGGCUUGAAGUCGAAUAAUGUGGACUGGAUCCAUGGAUCACUCUUGGUUCUUAAGGAACUUCUCCUCAAAGGAGCCAUGUUCAUGAAUGAACAUUAUCGAAAUGCGUGUGAAAUCGUGCUUCGUCUCAAGGACCACCGAGACCCGAAAAUUCGGACGCAAGUUGUUCUCACAAUUCCCAUUCUUGCCUCCUACGCUCCGGUUGAUUUCACCGAAACAUACCUGCAUAGAUUCAUGGUGUAUCUUCAAGCCCAGCUCAAAAAGGACAAGGAGCGCAAUGCUGCUUUCAUAGCUAUCGGAAAGAUUGCAAAUGCGGUGGGUGUAGCUAUUGCACAAUACCUUGAUGGUAUCAUUGUUUACAUCCGCGAAGGACUGGCCCUGAAAGCCAAAAAUCGAGCUGCCAUUAAUGAAGCGCCAAUGUUUGAGUGUAUUAGUAUGCUCUCGCUGGCUGUUGGGCAGGCUCUCAGCAAAUACAUGGAAUCGCUCCUCGAUCCCAUCUUUGCAUGUGGCUUAAGUGAAUCCCUGACACAGGCUCUUGUUGAUAUGGCUCAUUAUAUUCCACCAAUCAAGCCCACGAUUCAAGUAAAGCUGCUGGAUAUGCUUAGCCUGAUUCUUGAUGGGACGCCUUUUCGCCCCCUAGGUUGUCCGGAAAGCAGGCUACCUCCGCUGCCGUCUUUCGCCAAAGACUUCACCCUGCAAGAACUGCAUUCUGACGCUGAAAUUGCGCUGGCUCUCCACACCCUGGGAAGCUUCGAUUUUUCUGGUCAUAUUUUGAAUGAAUUUGUGCGCGACGUUGCCAUUCACUAUGUUGAAAACGACAACCCUGAAAUUCGGAAGGCUGCGGCUCUUACCUGCUGCCAGCUAUUUGUGCAUGACCCCAUUAUCAAUCAGACCAGCAGCCACUCAAUACAGGUUGUUAGCGAGGUCAUCGACAAGCUAUUGACCGUUGGUGUCGGCGACCCUGAUCCUGAGAUUAGACGCACUGUGCUAUGGUCCUUGGAUCGCAAAUUUGACCGGCACCUUGCACGGCCAGAAAAUAUCCGAUGCCUCUUCUUGGCCGUGAAUGAUGAAGUGUUCGCUGUCAGAGAGGCAGCGAUCUGCAUAAUUGGCCGCCUUUCCAGUGUCAACCCAGCCUACGUAUUCCCUCCCCUAAGGAAGUUGCUGGUGAACUUGCUCACUGGACUUGGGUUCGCAAGCACUGCUCGCCAGAAGGAAGAAAGUGCACAGCUUAUUAGCCUUUUUGUUUCGAAUGCCACGAAACUUAUCCGGUCGUACGUCGACCCUAUGGUUACGACUCUGCUACCGAAAGCAGUUGAUGCCAAUCACGGCGUCGCCUCCACAACACUGAAAGCUGUCGGAGAACUUGCAAGCGUUGGGGGCAGCGAUAUGAAAGCCUACCUGCCUAAGCUGAUGCCAAUCGUUCUGGAUGCCUUGCAGGACCUUUCAUCUCAUGCUAAGAGAGAAGCGGCUUUGCGAACAUUGGGCCAGAUAGCCAGCAACUCAGGCUACGUUAUCGACCCGUACACCGACCACCCUCAUCUGCUGGCGGUGCUUAUUGGUAUCAUCAAGACGGAGCAGGCAGGAUCGCUUCGCAAGGAAACGAUAAAAGUUCUAGGAAUUCUAGGUGCACUGGACCCUUAUAAAUACCAGCAAAUAAGCGAAACCGCACCAGACGUCCACCAUAUCAACGAAGUACAAGUGGUGUCAGACGUUAGUCUUAUUAUGCAAGGCCUUGCCCCUUCCAAUGAAGAGUACUACCCAACUGUUGUUAUCCAUACUCUCAUGCAGAACAUACUUCGCGAGAACUCCCUUGCGCAAUAUCAUUCUGCUGUCAUCGACGCGAUUGUUACGAUCUUUAAGACCCUUGGCUUGAAGUGUGUCCCCUUCCUUGGCCAGAUCAUUCCUGGUUUCAUUUCUGUCAUUCGAGGUUCACCCUCAAGCCGGCUCGAAUCUUAUUUCAACCAAAUGGCAAUCCUUGUCAAUAUUGUGCGGCAGCACAUCAGAGCCUUUCUUCCUGAAAUAAUUGAGGUCAUUCGGGAAUUCUGGGACACGUCAUAUCAGGUUCAAGCGACCAUUCUCUCGCUUGUGGACGCGAUAGCCAAGUCCCUUGAGGGUGAAUUUAAGAAGUACCUUGCAAAUCUCAUUCCUCCAAUGCUGGACACACUGGAAAAGGAUAAUACUCCGCGCCGCCAGCCUUCCGAGAGGAUUUUGCAUAGCUUCUUAGUAUUCGGCUCCAGUGGCGAAGAGUACAUGCAUCUGAUUGUGCCCUCCAUUGUGCGUCUGUUUGAUAGGUCCCAGAACCCAGCGAGCAUCAGAAAGUCAGCUAUUGACAGCUUGACCAAACUUUCGCGACAAGUGAAUGUCUCCGAUUUUGCGUCCUUGAUUGUACACUCCCUUUCUCGAGUCGUUGCCGGCAACGACCGUAUGUUACGACAGGCUGCUAUGGAUUGCAUAUGCUCUUUGAUAUUCCAGCUUGGCCAGGAUUUCAACCAUUAUAUUCAUCUGCUGAACAAGGUCUUGAAGCAUCAUCAAGUCAAUCACGUGAACUAUCAGAUCCUUGUCACAAAGCUCCAGAAAGGAGACCCGCUCCCACAGGAUCUCAAUCCUGACGAGAGCUAUGCCCCAUUGGCGGAUGACGCGAACUAUGCAGAGAUCGGUCAAAAGAAGAUGGUGGUCAAUCAACAACAUCUUAAGAACGCCUGGGACGCUUCGCAAAAGUCGACUCGCGAAGACUGGCAAGAAUGGAUCCGGAGGUUCAGUGUAGAGCUUUUGAAAGAAUCACCUUCGCCGGCGCUGCGUGCUUGUGCCAGCCUGGCGGGCAUCUACCAACCCCUCGCUAGGGAUCUAUUCAAUGCCGCUUUCGUCUCCUGUUGGACGGAAUUGUACGACCAGUACCAGGAAGAGCUGGUUCGGUCAAUCGAAAAAGCCCUCACCUCGCCGAACAUUCCACCGGAAAUUCUUCAGAUCUUGCUCAAUCUUGCUGAGUUUAUGGAGCACGACGACAAGGCGCUGCCGAUUGAUAUCCGCACUCUUGGAAAAUAUGCUGCCAAAUGUCACGCGUUCGCAAAGGCGCUCCACUACAAAGAACUCGAGUUCGAGCAAGAUCAGAACUCUGGAGCUGUAGAGGCACUCAUUACUAUCAACAAUCAGCUCCAGCAAUCCGAUGCCGCUAUUGGUAUCCUUCGGAAGGCUCAGGCGUAUCGGGAUGUUGAACUGAAGGAGACCUGGUUUGAGAAACUUCAGCGAUGGGAAGAAGCCCUUGCAGCUUACAAACGUCGUGAGAAGAUUGACCCCGACUCUUUCGGUAUCACAAUGGGGAAAAUGCGCUGUCUACAUGCUCUUGGAGAAUGGAAAGUGUUGUCUGACCUCGCUCAGGAGAAGUGGAACCAGGCCUCUCUAGAACACCGGAAAUCAAUCGCUCCUCUCGCUGCGGCAGCUGCAUGGGGUCGCGGUCAAUGGGAGCUGAUGGAUUCGUACCUAGGAGUUAUGAAAGAACAAUCUCCUGACCGUUCGUUCUUUGGGGCAAUACUGGCAAUUCAUCGCAACCAAUUUGAUGAAGCCAUUAUGUACAUCGAAAAGGCCCGGAACGGCCUUGACACGGAACUCUCAGCACUUCUCGGAGAGUCAUAUAACCGUGCCUACAAUGUAGUUGUUCGCGUUCAAAUGCUUGCUGAACUCGAGGAGAUCAUCACCUACAAACAGAAUGUUGGUGAUCCCGAGAGACAAGAGGCAAUGCGCCAGACCUGGAACAGGCGACUUCUCGGCUGCCAGCAGAAUGUAGAGGUAUGGCAGCGCAUGCUCAAGGUCAGAGCACUUGUUACAACACCGCGAGAGAACCUAGACAUGUGGAUCAAGUUUGCCAAUUUGUGUCGCAAAUCAAACCGCAUGGGGUUAGCGGAACGUUCUCUCGCCUCUCUAGAAACUGUCAUCCCUGACGGCAACGGCGGCACUCGCACUAUCUCCCCACCAGAAGUCACAUAUGCUCGCUUGAAGUUUAGCUGGGCAACUGGCCGCCAACGCGAGGCCCUUCAUAUGCUCCGUGAAUUUACUGCCAACCUAACAGAAGACUUCACUCGCUUCAAUGCACUUGUUGCCUCACAAUCUGACCAUAACGGUAUCAACGGCGUUAAUGGUAUCGCAGAAGGAAACCAUACCGAUAUCAUGGCCCUUCGAGAGCGCGUUGGUGAUGUCAACAAGUUUAGAAAGCUCCUUGCAAAGAGUUAUCUAAGACUUGGUGAGUGGCAAACGGCUCUACAACGAGGGGACUGGCGGCCAGAGCAUGUCCGCGAAGUACUCAACGCAUAUUCAGCAGCCACCAGGUACAACCGCGAUUCCUACAAAGCCUGGCACUCAUGGGCCCUGGCCAACUUUGAGGUCGUGACGACAAUUGCCAGCCAGGCAAGUAAGGACGGCGGAAAUCUGGCAUUGGUUCCAGGGCAUAUCGUAACAGAACAUGUGAUUCCUGCGAUUCGCGGCUUUUUUAGGUCCAUUGCCCUCUCUUCGACGUCGUCUCUUCAGGAUACUCUUCGGUUGCUCACUCUCUGGUUCAACCAUGGUGGUGACCAGGAGGUGAACUCGGUCGUUACAGAGGGUUUCACGGCUGUUAAUAUCGACACGUGGCUCGCCGUCACUCCUCAGCUUAUUGCCCGCAUCAAUCAGCCCAACUUCAGGGUUCGCAGCGCCGUUCAUCGCUUGCUUGCUGAAGUUGGCAAGGCACAUCCCCAAGCCCUCGUGUAUCCGCUCACAGUUGCGAUGAAGUCGAAUGUUGCCCGACGAUCACAGUCCGCAGGCAACAUUAUGGAGAGCAUGCGGACACACAGUGCAAACCUAGUGGAGCAGGCUGAUCUUGUAAGUCAUGAGCUGAUUAGGGUCGCUGUUCUGUGGCACGAACUCUGGCACGAAGGACUGGAAGAGGCGUCACGUCUCUAUUUCGGUGACCAUAACGUGGAUGGGAUGUUUGCAACUCUCGCACCGCUUCAUGAAAUGCUUGAUAAAGGUGCUGAAACCCUGCGCGAAGUAUCGUUUGCCCAAGCUUUCGGACGUGACCUGGCUGAGGCCAAGCAUUACUGCAUGCUCUAUCGCGAGACGGAAGAAAUCGGUGACCUAAACCAAGCGUGGGAUUUGUAUUACACAGUGUUCCGCAAAAUCAGCCGACAGCUACCACAGUUAUCAACCCUAGAUCUCAAAUACGUCUCGCCCAAACUCAAGGAUUGCGUGGACCUUGAUCUCGCUGUUCCUGGUACCUACCAAAGUGGCAGGCCCAUUAUCCGAAUCAUCAGUUUCGAUCCAAUCCUACAUGUUCUUCAAACGAAGAAGCGACCACGGAGGAUGACUUUGAAGGGCAGUGACGGCAGCUCCUACAUGUAUGUGGUGAAGGGCCACGAAGAUAUCCGACAAGAUGAGAGAGUCAUGCAGUUAUUCGGCCUGGUCAACACUCUUCUCGAUAACGAUAGUGAAAGCUUCAAGCGGCAUCUAACGGUGCAGCGCUUCCCGGCCAUUCCUCUGUCUCAGAACUCUGGUAUCAUCGGCUGGGUCACCAAUAGUGACACCCUCCAUGCUUUGAUAAAAGAAUACCGGGAAACGCGGCGUAUUCUCCUCAACAUCGAGCAUAGGAUCAUGUUACAGAUGGCUCCAGACUAUGACAAUCUAACGCUCAUGCAGAAGGUUGAAGUAUUUGGCUAUGCGAUGGACAACACAACCGGGAAGGAUCUGUACCGUGUUCUGUGGUUGAAGAGUAAGAGCUCCGAAGCCUGGCUUGAGCGUCGUACCAACUACACUCGUUCACUUGGAGUCAUGUCCAUGGUCGGCUACAUCCUUGGUCUAGGUGACCGCCACCCGUCCAAUCUUCUUCUGGACAGAGUGACCGGCAAAGUGGUUCAUAUUGACUUUGGUGACUGCUUCGAAGUUGCCAUGCAUCGUGAAAAGUAUCCGGAGCGCGUGCCAUUCCGUUUGACGCGUAUGUUGACGUUUGCGAUGGAAGUCAGCAACAUUGAAGGAAGCUACCGGAUCACUUGUGAAGCUGUCAUGCGGGUGAUACGUGAGAACAAGGACUCGCUGAUGGCCGUUCUGGAGGCUUUUAUUCACGACCCUCUAAUCAACUGGCGUCUGGGAAUUCGCGAGUCUCCUGACCGAAUGCCAUUUAACGCGGAGCGUCGUCAAUCGAUUGUCUCCAAUGUCAACCUCGAGCACGGCGUCCAACCCAGCAACUUCUCUCGGCACCGUCGGCCUUCAAUCCUUGAAGGUGGUAUUCUCGACGCUCAAGAAGGGGUGCCUAAUGAGGCACGUGAGGCUCAGAAUGCAAGAGCCUUACAGGUGCUUGCUCGGGUGCGGGAGAAGCUGACCGGCCGGGACUUUAAGCCUAGCGAAGAGCUCAAUGUUAGCGAUCAAGUUGACAAGCUUCUUGCACAGGCAACUAGUGUUGAGAACAUCUGUCAGCAUUGGAUUGGAUGGUGCAGUUUCUGGUGA